UUCCGUUACCACAGUGCUCAGCCACAGCAGUUGGCCGCCGGUGCAGACCAAAACAUAGACAAUGGGCAAGAAGCACAAAAAGCACAAGUCCGAGAAACAUGGAUAUGAAGAAUAUGGAGACAGACCACUGAAGCUGGUGCUGAAAGUGUCCGGAAAUGAAGUGACGGCAGGAAGCUCGAGCCUUGACACUUUUUAUGACGAACAGCCGGCUGACUUUGACAAACCCAAAGACAAGAAAAAGAAGAAGAAAAAGGAUAAAGAGAAAAGCUUUGGGUCACCAGAGGAGGAAAAGGGGAAGAAGAAGGUAACUAAAAAGAAGAAAGGGCAGGACGCAGAUGGAGAUGAUGACCGGGAGCAGAGCAGGACUCCUAUACGUUCAGAGAUUGAUAAACAGGAAGAAAAAGAACAGACUCCUCUGCAGGAAGCUUUGAAUCAGCUCAUCAGGCAGCUCCAAAGGAAAGACCCGAACGCAUUCUUUUCAUUUCCAGUGACAGACUUCAUUGCUCCUGGUUACUCUGCAGUAAUCAAGCGUCCCAUGGACUUCAGUACAAUGAAGGACAAAGUAAAGAAAGAGUGCUACCAGUCACUGGAUGAACUCAAGGUUGAUUUCAGGAUUAUGUGUGAAAAUGCCAUGAUUUACAACAAACCUGAGACAAUCUACCACAAAGCAGCACGGAAACUGUUACAUUCCGGAAUGAAGAUCUUGAGCCAGGAAAGGCUGGACAGCCUGAAGCAAAGCAUAGAUUUUAUGGCUGGUCUUGACCCUUCUGCCAAACAACCUUUGAAAUCUGAGGAACAAACGAGCACCUUUCCGGACCAGAACAAGGAGGGACCUGCGACUACAGACAGCAGCGAGAGGUCACAGACACCCAGCACUCCCAGACAGGACAAAGACUCUAAGGACGAAGCAGCAAAAGCAGAGAAAGAGCUUCAGGAAAUACGCAAGGUCAUCGAGAAGUCUGGAGGAAAGCUGUCCAACAGAGUGCUGCAGUCUGAUUUGGAGUUUGCAAGGCGGAAGUCAGAUGGCUCCACCACUCUGGCUAUCCUCAACCCAGCAGAUCCCUCAGCAGGAGAUGUGGGUUAUUGUCCUGUGAAACUCGGCAUGAUGUCCAACCGGCUGCAGAGCGGUGUGAACACCUUGCAGGGUUUCAGGGAGGACAAGAGGAACAGGAUCACCCCAGUGUCCUACAUGAACUAUGGGCCAUUCACCUCCUACGCGCCAACCUACGACUCCAGCUUCGCCAACAUCAGCAAGGAAGAUUCUGACCUUACCUACUCUUUCAUAGGAAAUAACUGUAGUAAAAUUUCGUUUGGUUGGUUGUUUGGCAGCUUGUCAGAGUUCCUGGCCAAAUCAGAAGAGUAUGUGUACAAACUGGCAGACAACCUCCUGGAUGCAGUGACAAACGGAGAGCAUUCAAGAAUCCUGAAGAACACCGAGCAACAAGUAGAGCAGCUGUCAAAUAUACAAGAGGACAAGGAUACCGUGGAGGUAGCUGACCCCCAAACAUCUGACAGACUGGAUUUCCUGCGCUCUGCUGCAGGCCUGCAUAUGACUGAGGAGCUUUCUGAGGAAGCCCUGAACAUCCAGCAGAAAUUGGACGAGACUACAAAGCUCCUGCGCAACUUGCAGGAAGUUCAGAGGGAACGUCUGAGUGCCAAGCAGCCACCAAACAUGAUCUGCUUGCUGGCCCCGACUGCCAAGGAGCUGGAGCUGGCUGAGAAGGUGACAUCAAACUUGGCUGAGCUAACUAGUCAGGUGGCCCCAUGUGAUGUCAGCAGUAUCUACGGCAUCAGGAAGGCCAUGGGCAUUGCUGCCCCUCCAGACCCACCUGAGCUCUUCAUAGACCUCACUACAGUGCAGGACACGGCUGAAGCCAUGGAGACCAGUUGUCCAGAUGUGGUUCCAGUCGUCGCUGUGUAAUGAAAUUCCAAACACUCUCAUUCAGUGUAAUAACUUAAGUUUUGUACAAAAAGUGCUUCUUGUGUUACAUUUGUAUGCUUUUCAGCCAAUAAACCUUUUUUAAUAAAAACCAACAA